GAUUGCUAGGUAGAGUGCAUUAAAGUAUUUAGGAUCUAACACAUUUUUUUGAUGUAUAAUUCUUUUUUAAUUUUUUUUAUGGUUUAGUUUAUUCUGACGCAGAAAACUAUGAGACUCCGUAUGAACUCAGUAAAAAAAACUCUAGACCGCAAUUUGUGGGCCAAUCCAAUAAGAAAAUCUCUAAACUGGAGAAAUUUUAUAAUGCUAAAAAUGGAUGAUGGGUGGAUGCUAAUUGUUUAUUUAUACGUGAACCCAUCUCAACACUGUAAUUCAUCAUCAAACUCAGCAACUGCAAGAAAAAGAAAAUUUUCAAAUACACAGAAAAAUGGGAGAGAAGAUCUUGAUAAUCGGUGGAACAGGAUACAUCGGCAAAUUCGUAGUUGAAGCCAGCGCCAAAUCUGGGCAUCCCACUUAUGCUUUGAUGAGAGAGGCAUCCCUCUCUGAUCCAGCCAAAUCCCAGCUCGUUGAGACCUUCAAGAAAUCUGGUGUCACCAUCCUAACUGGAGAUCUGAAUGAUCAUGAGAGCUUGGUGAAGGCUAUAAAGCAAGUAGAUGUGGUUAUAUCAACUGUAGGCUUCAUGCAGAUUGCUGAUCAAUAUAAGAUUAUUGCUGCUAUUAAAGAGGCUGGAAAUGUUAAGAGGUUCCUACCUUCAGAAUUUGGAAACGAUAUCGACCGUGGGCAUGCCGUGGAUCCCAUAAACCCAAAUUUGCAACUUAAGGUAGAAAUCCGCAGAGCAAUAGAGGCAGAGGGCAUUCCCUACACCUACGUGGUGUGCAACUUGAUUGCCAGCUUCGCGCUCUCGAGUUUUCUGCAACUGGGCGCCACUGCUCCUCCCAGAGACAAAGUAGUUAUCCCUGGAAAUGGAAAUGUUCAAGCUGUGUUCAACGAGGAACAUGACAUUGGUGCAUACACCAUCAAAGCUACGGUUGAUCCCAGAACAUUGAACAAGAUCCUUUACAUUAAGCCUCCUCACAACAUAUAUUCAUUCAAUGAGCUUGUUCAUUGCUGGGAGAAGAAGAUCGGCAAAACCCUCGACAAAAUAUACGUGCCAGAGGAAGAAAUUCUGAAGCAGAUGAAAGAGUCAGCAUUAAAUGUGAUAGUGUGGAUCAACCACUCCAUAUUCGUCAAGGGUGAUCAGACCUAUUUUGAGAUUGAUCCAACGGUGGGGGUUGAGGCUUCCCAGCUCUAUCCUGAUGUCAAAUACACCACCGUGGACGACUAUCUCAAUAACUUCGUGUAGAUAUCCACUCACUCUUUUUGAAUCGGGUUGUUGUGUCAUGGUUUUGUCGAGCAAGUGGGAGGCUGGUGCUGCUUUGUUUGGGUUUUAAGUUUUGGCUUUUUUCUUGGUCGUUGGUGGGCUGGUGGUGCGCAGGGCUGCUGUCAACUGUGCUUCAGGUGCAUGGCUGGAACCGUUGUGGUCGGGUCCCGCUGGUUUCUCCGCCAUCGUCGGUCAUUGGUUUGGCUGCCGGCUGGUUUCUUGUUGCGCCGGUGGCGUCCUUUUCGGCCCCAUCUUCUUGGGGUUCUAGCUGUCUUCCUUCGAUUGAUUGCUUUUGGAUUCUCUUUGACAUUUGGUCGAGCAGAUGGAGGAUGAUGGUUGUUGGCUUGGUGCUGGCUGUGGUCGGGCUUCUUUGGUUUAUCCGCCCUGUUUUUUCAUGGCGGCUUGGUCUUCGUUUUUUUGUUUUGUUCAUUGGUACGUCGGUGGGCGUUUUGCUUGUUGGUCUUUCUUAGUUCUUCUUUUUGUUGUCUCGGGUUUGUUCUUAGUGAGUAUUGAUUAACAACUAAAAGUUGUUAAACUUGUUAUUUAGAGUUUGUUAGAAACAUCGGUUAGUUAAAGAAAUAGUUAGAAGGUAAUUAUAACAUGUAAACCGGUGCAUGUACUGGUGCAUGAACGGCUCUUGUAAUCCUCUCUAUAGAAGGAGAAAUGCAGAUAUCAAUAAGAUUUGAUUUUCCAGUUUCAA